CAUAUGCCUUUGCAGAAUCAGACAGGCAGAGCUGAGAAGCAGCUUUCACUGUGAUCAACUGUGGUCCAUGUGCGUUGCCUUCUGCAAUUCACUUGUAAGAGCGUAACUUCUGACAAGAACAAGAUCAAAUAUUCAUGAUUACUCAGAUUUUAAGUUUAAAGGUGAAGAUUGAUUUAGGUGGAUGUUAUUCUAACUGCAGUAUGUAGCUUUGAAGAUCUACAUACAAACUACCAUGAACAGCUCCAGCGUGAGUUGUGGGAGUCCAAGCACUGGGAGCACAACUGACACUACUGUAGAUUUAUUUAAGGAUGUUUGGACCAAACUGAAAGAAUGCCAUGACAACGAAGUGCAAGUACUGCAAGUAAAAGUAACCAAACUAAAGAAGGAGAGAUGUUUAGAUGCUCAAAGACUUGAAGAGUACUACAAUAAAAACCAACAGUUAAGGGAGCAACAAAAAGCGUUGCAUGACAACAUUAAAGCUUUGGAAGACAGGUUGCGAGCAGGUUUGUGUGACAGGUGUGCGGUUACCGAAGAGCAUAUGAAAAAGAAACAGCAGGAAUUUGAGAAUAUUCGACAGCAGAAUCUAAAACUUAUUACAGAACUUAUGAAUGAAAAGAGCAAUCUUCAGGAAGAAAAUAAAAAGCUCAGUGACCAACUUGAAUCACUUGAACGCCAGAAGAAAGAAAAACUACAUGAAGCAGUAGGUGCAGCAGAUCACGAUGAUGGAAUAAUUCCAGGUUCUCCGAUUUUAUCCUUUUCCACCUCCAUGCUUAGCAGAAUGCGAAGGAGAAAGGAGAAGAGCCAUAUUCGCUAUGUGGAACAUACAAGUAUAGAUCCUACAGAGCUGCAGACUAAUGAGAAAUGUAAAAUGCUGUUAGGAUCCUCCUCUGGUGUGACCCACUGCAAGCAGGAUGAAGAAGUCUUAGCCCCUGAUACCUGUGAUCUUGGUACAUUGUCAACAGAAACCACAAAACAACCAACAGAACAGUCAUCCACACAACAGAAUAGCAUUAACCUAGCUGCUGUUGUAGCAGAAACAUUAGGCCUUGGAAUUAAGGAGGAACCUGACUCGCAGAGUCUUCUGAAUUCAUGUCGGGACUUUCCCAAGACCACAAAAAUUCCACUGGAAAAGGAUGGGAAUCAGGCAAAUUCUGACCAUUUAAAUGACUGUGGCUCUGGAGUUUCUCGUGCAUCAGAAGCAGAUGAAAAGUCUCGGAGCUGGGUUCGUUCUCCUGUAUUUGGAGGUUCUGCCAAAGGUUCCUCUGAUUUUGAAGCAAAAAUCAAUCCAUUCCUUGAGCAAUCCAAACUGGGUGGACCAAAAAUGACAAAAAAGCUCGUUGAAAUUAAGACUGAUGCUGCCUACCCACCCCCAUGUACCAGGGUGGCAAAAAGGAAAAAAAUGGAAGAUGAGGAUGAUUCUGCCACUAAUUGUGAAAAGCCUUCAUUUAAUAAAGAAAAUCUUCCAUCAACAGGUGUUUCUCUGGAUGAUAAUGUUGACAAGCCUUUGGACUUAUCUGAUCAUGUUUCUAGUGGCCGAUUGGAAGAUAGAAGUUAUGGAAAAGAUGCAGUGGAUAAUAAAUCAAUUAAAGUUUCUCUGCCAGAAUCCCUAAAAAUAAAUUUAAAGGCCAUCAAUCUCAGAAGAGCCUGCAAUGGAUUAACCAAGGAUUCUCAAGGUGGUGCUGCUUAUCUACAAGAAACCUUUGAGGCAUCACAUUCUGAUAGAUUUCAGGAUACUAAAGAGAAAAUUGUGAAAAAUGGAGGAGGUGGAGAUUUGUCUGAUAACAGAAAACCUGGUAACUCUACUCAGAAUGAACAAGGCUUUAGUGACUCGAAGGAUUUUGAAGUCAAAAUUUUAAAAAGGAAAAAUUCAAAAACUACAUCCAAGGAGUCUACUUCGGUGCUUCAGCCAAAUCCCUGUGCGACUGUUACACUGUAUAUAAAUGAUGACAAAACUGCGAGAAAAUCUGAAAACAUUCAGUGGAGCAUAGAUCCAGAAGUAGACCUCUCCGAUUGUAAGAUGGACACUUUAGAACUGGAAUUGAAGCCCAACAGACAACUAUGGACAGAUACACCAGAUAUGGAUUGCACUUUCGUGAGUGAAAGCAUAUUAUUGAAAGCCAAAAAAACAAGAACAGACUUGACCACUGCAGGGAGACACCCCUUGACUGACAGCCUCUCUGAAAUGUUUGACCGCACUGCUUAUGGAGAAUAUGAAUCAUAUCCUCAAGAAAAAUGUCCCCAGAAAGAACAUGAAGAUGUUUUUCAAGAACCAGAGAAAGUAAAAAAUGAAUCUUCUGUGCAGCCUUAUUUAAACUCUGGGCAAAGAAAAAAUACAGUUUUAAACUUCCCUCACAUUGAGGUGGUCCGUAACAAGGAAGAAAGAAGAAAGAUGCAAGGGCACACAUGCAAGGAAUGUGAAGUAUAUUAUGCAGAUCUUCCAGAAGAAGAAAGACUGAAAAAGUUGGCAAACUGUUCCAGACAUAGAUUCCGGUACAUCCCUCCAAACACACCAGAGAACUUCUGGGAGGUGGGGUUUCCUUCCACCCAAACCUGUGUUGAUAGAGGUUAUAUUAAGGAAGAGUGCACACCUUGCCAGCGACCGAGACGAAGACGACCUUAUAAUCCAACAUUUUUACUGAAGGACAAAGAACAGAAUUUAACUUAGCCAUCCCAGUAAAAGGCAACACCAGAAAACAACAAAACAAUCUACACUGAAGAAUGUAUCUUGAACGUCAAGUCUUAUAGCCCAAAAGACAAGUUUAUUGUAGCAGUUGGUUAGAUCUAAAAUUGUUUUUCUACAGGUAUUAUUUAAAUUAUGAUUUUCACCUGAAUAUUAGGUGAAAGCUUUUACAUUUGCACACCACGCAUAAGGUUUGGUGCUAUUUAUUGCACUGAAUGAUAGCACUGGAUAAUUAUGCCCUUAAAUUUGUAAAACCACUAUGUAAUUGUAAAUAAUAAGCUGAAUUUUUUGGAAAUUUGAUAAUGAGUAAGAUUAGAGUGAUGAAAAUCUGAUCAAUGUAAUAGCUCAUCAACAUUGACCAAAUGAAAAGCCAGCAUGGUUUUGAGCACCUGUUCAUUCAUAGAAUAAAUCUUUUUGCAAAAAGCAAGAUAUGCAAGUUCUAUAGUAGUUAAGCCAGAGGACCGAUACUGUUCAAGUUAUUCAUGGAGAAGACUGCAGUUCCUGAUCUAGUCCUUGGAUUGGCCUGAGCUGCCUAUAAGAUAACAUGGUUGUGUCAGACUCGUGUCUUUUUGGCUUCGUACCUGCCUCCAUGUCAUGAUGACAGGGGACAUGCAGCCGCAUUCCUGUUCUUAUUAACGAUGCAGUUCAUCUUGCUAGAAAGUAGUUUUUUUUUGGGUAUCUUCUGAAAUGAAUACUGGCUCAGCUGUGAGAAAUGUCACGCCAGUCUUCACUGUUACUUGGAGAAGACGAGGGUGGUCGGCCUCUGUCCCCCGGGCUAGUGUUGUCACCAGUGGAGGAGAUAUAAAAAGACUGAUAGCGGAAUGGGAAAUUUGCCGACAUCAAGAGGGAGCUGGUGAUUGAUCAGUCAGUAGAUAAGGAGGCAAACUUACGGUUAAUAUUAAUAUUCAUGCUACUCUCCAAUACUGUUUUAAAGGUUAAACACAUGACUUAAGCAGGCACUUAAAUGUAAUGCUGAGAUGUAAUAGGUUAAACGUCAUUAAAGGUGGAAUUUUUCAAAAGAAGUAUUACACUGAGGGCCUCUGAAUCUGUUCUGUAUUAUUCCAGUGUAUGGUGAAGUCCCAUGAUUCAACUCAGACAAGAACAUUCCCAGUGCAGUCAUUACCGUUCAGUAUUCUGCCAUGUGUUCAGACCUUAUUGUGCAUACUGAAUGCAAUGUUAACUGACCUGCAGUUUGAUGUUUGUGAAGCAUUUGAAGGGUGAUGAUGCACUGAAUAAAAACAAUUUCUGUAUUUUUCAUGUUUCACAAGUUGGGUGUCAGGCACUGCAGCUGCCAGCAUCCUAGACAGAAUAGAGCAUGUUUAGGAUAUUUUCCCAUGCGGCCCCGGGGGUAAGUAAUAGAUACCUUCACCUUGGUAAUUAACAUUGAACAUGACGCAUUGCACCUAGCUCUCCAGAAAAUGCUUUUUCUCUAAAGAAGCACCAUGGACGUUUGGUUGCUAAGUACAUUUAUACAGAAACAAGUGAAUAUAAUGCUGCCUAAUACUUUCUAUAAAAAUACUAAUGAUUCAGCUUAUAAGUAUAUUUGAUUAAAAAGAUUUAGAAAGCCUCUCAUAGCAGCACAAAUUUUAUCCAUUACUGAUUUAUAUCUCAAAGUUAAAUUUCUUUUAAAUGUAGUACCAUUUUAUCUACCCCUAUAGUGUGGAGCCACAAAGAAUUGGUGCAAAGAACUUCAGUGGCAUUGAGGUGUUCUAAACACAAUUUGAUUUAAUUAGAUCAGACAAUAUUUGUGUCACUUGUCACAUUUUAAACAAUGAAUUUAAAUUUGUCUUUGUAAUGGCCCAAUUACAUCUU